CCGGUGAAAUAAUUCCAGUCUCGGUGAUUAGCAGCACUGAAAGCAGUCGGAGGAGACAGUUUAAAGGCUUCAUAAGGCCGGUCUGGGGUUUAAUUUAGAGUUAGAGAGGAAAGUCAGAGUGAAAAUGUCGACAGCGCUGGAAGUGACCGGGUUCUUGCUAGGAGUCGCGUCUUGGUUGGUAACAGGCGCCGCUUUGGCCAACGACUACUGGAAGGUUUCAUCGUUCUCCGGUAGCGUCAUCGUUUCAAGCCGUCAGUACAUGAACCUGUGGCACAGCUGUGCCGAAGACAGCACUGGGAUCGCCGAGUGCCUAGCCUUCCAGUCCCUGCUGGAAUUGCCAGGCUUUAUCCAAGCAUGUCGGGCUCUGAUGAUCAGCGCCCUGAUCUUGGGCUUCUUCUCUAUGAUCAUAUCCAUCAUGGGUCUGAAAUGCAUCACAGUCGGGAGCUCUAGCGAUCAUACCAAGGCUAAGAUCUCUGUCGCUGGUGGCGUCAUCUUUAUCCUGGCAGGUCUUUGUACGAUGACGGCCAUCUCGUGGUACGCCGCACGCAUCGUCGAAGACUUUAAAAACCCUUUCAGUGGAGGCAUAAAAUUCGAGCUGGGGGCGGGGCUGUACAUGGGAUGGGGCGGAGCCUUUCUCAGCAUUCUGGGCGGAGCUCUGCUGUGCUGCGCCUGUAAAGGAGCGUCUUCAGGACGACCCAAGGGCGGGUACUACCCCAGCAAUCAGCCGGCGAAGAUCCACAAACCCGUGUCCGAGUCUGAGAAGGAGAGGGCUUACGUUUAAACCUGGGACUCGUCUCUGCGUGUAGUGUUGUUACUUGGUUGUUCAUUUUAAUCCCCUCAUCUUUUUUUCUACAUUUUUUAAAUAGUAGUGCGAUAACGAAUGCGGAAUUAAACAAAUUAAUACCAAAAUAAUAUUAUACAGACGUUGGAUAUGAUGUCAUUUAAUAAGCAUGAUUGAUCUGUAUUGUGUUAUUUGUUUAAAAAGGUGAAGGCUUGGUGUGUGUGUUUGUGUGUGUAUGUGUGUGUACGUGUGUGUAUUGUACCUUGGGUUCAAUAAAGCUGAACUGUAUGAACCAGA